AACGAGUAAAAACACAACUGGAGAAGAUCUCCCAACGGCAUCAAAGCAACCGUCGAUAGAUCAAUACUCCUAACAACGUAUGUACAACAACUCCCGACUCCUGACGGCUUAAUAUAUCCAUCGGGAAUAAUGAUCAGCCGUCGGGAGAUCUUCUCCCGACGGUUCUACCAACGCUAUGUACAUCUUCGGAAAAUGAAUCACCAACACAUUUUUGGGCUUCUCUCGACCAUUUUCGACGUCGGGAAAGGGCCUCUUGCUUAGCGCGAAGUGCUGCUGUCGAUUCCUUAUCACGAAACCCACUCUCGAUUCCAAGUCUGAGGCAAAAUUUCAAGUUAAAGGACGCGGAGUUCUAUGUUCAAGAACCAAUUGCUUAGCGUUAGGAUUAGAGAGGAUGAAUUCAUCGAAGAAGAGGAAAUAGACGGUGAAGGGACGGGCUCUUUGUACUCCGACGAUGAAUUAUCCUUCUUAUCUCUAAAUGAGAAGCCUAAUAGAAACUUGAAUUUGCUUGACGAUUACGAGAUGGAGGAGCUUGGAUAUGCCUGCGACCGUAACCAUAGAAGCGACAUUUCUAGUACUGGGGAAGCCAGAGCAUUGGGAGAUGAGGAAGAGCAAGAAGACCUUGAUGAAUCUGGUAUCCUUUUAUUACCUCCUUAAAUUAUCCAAACUUCUAGUACUAAAGUUGUCUUGUUACCUGUUGCCGGUAGUUGUAAGUUGAGGUCAAAUGGAACAAGAAUCUAUCUAAUCAAUUUCAUUUGAGUGAAAUGAAAUCAAAAGAUUUGAUUGUUCAUUUGAGCAGAUAGACUCUUAAGAAAGAGUUAUGCCAUGUUGCUAUAUUUUUGUUAUUCCUUUUUGUUCAACCAUUCUCCAAGUUUGAAACUAUUGAUAAUUGUUGUUGGAUAUAGCCUGUGCCUUAAGUAGGGAAAACUAUAUGUAAAGGUUGAAGACACCUUUUCCUGGGGAUACUGUUGAUUUGAUUGCUUCUACGGACAAAGUUGUUCAUUUUCUUAUGUGCUUUUUAGGAAUUAUAAUUGAAUCACUUUUGAGAAAGUGCUUUAGACCAAAUAUCCUUUCAAAUGCUCACAAGUGUUUGUAAGUUAAAUUUGAAGGAACAGUGAGAUCCACUGCGGAAGCAGAAUCAUUCCCAACUCCCAAUUUUCACAAAUACAAAAUUACAGAGAAAAAUUGUGCAAAUUACAGAAAUUUUACAACAUGCAUUUGAAGGAGAUAACUUACCCUUGAAGAACCUAGAUCUUCACGAUAAUCCUCCUCGAUCGGUCACAAACAAACACGAUCACAAACCCUUCUCUUUGAAUCUCGAACUCCAAAAAUGCAGUAACCCAAUUUGGCCACCACCACAAGUGAACUUCCUGUGUUCUCCUUAGGGGUUAAGAAUUAGUAGGAGUGUGGGCUCUGCUAGGAUUUUGGGAGAGGGAAAGGAUUUUGAAAGGAAGGGAUUUUGUUUUUGGGGAGAGUUCUUUUGGGAAAUCACACCGGCUGUUCUUCAAUUCUGUGUAGAAUAAGAAGCCAAUAACUUAAAAAUAAAAACUCCCAACCUUCCACGAUUCUAAGUGAAGAGAGAAAUUAGGGGAAUGAGUUACAACUUCCUCCUUAAUUAAAUUAAAAAAUUUAAUGAAUAUAAAAUUAAACACACACACACACACACACACACACACACACACAUAUAUAUAUAUAUAUAUAUAUACAUAGAGGAUA